CUACUUAAGCUCAGAGCACUUCUAAAACCCCAAGGUGUUUGGGGUGUGAAGACAAAAACUUCAAGCAAAGAAAUUCGAUUGUGAAGUUUGCUUCGCUUGGAUUCAUAAGAAGGUGAAAGCUGGAAAUGGCGAGUUCUAUGCUAGAGAACAGUAUUCAAGAAGCGAAGGAUUUGAUGGAUUCUCGCCAGUUCAUUGGAGCUCUAAAGUUCCUCAAGGAGCUAGAAUCUGAAUAUCCAUCCUCUGCACUUGUCUUGGUACUCAAGGCUCUUGUGCACGCAACAUUGGGUGAUACUAAAGCACUAUCUAUUUGCUUAGAUGCUAAGGAGAAAAUUUUCACUGAUAAAUCGGUUCUUCCCGAUGUAUUAAACAAUUUCCAGACCAUUUGCCAACUUCCGGAACGCAACGAUUUAGCAAUCACUUUCUACGAAUAUGCUUGUGCGGAAGUUCCCCAUGAUUUGGGGUUGAUGAUGGGACUUUUCCAAUGUUAUGUCCGAGAAUCUUUGUUUGUAAAUCAACUUAUGAUCUGCCUAAAAAUGUACAAGCUUUCUCGAGAAGACAAGUUUCUGAUGUGGGCUGUUUUCAGCAUUCAACUACAGGUGGUUUCUCACUUGGUCAAGAAGCAUGCGACCACCCAUAACUUGGAUGAACCAGAAGCCCUUUUAGUAUACGUUUCUGUAGGGAAACAACAGGGUAAAUACGAUCAUGCUCGUGAAGUCCUAUCCAUGUUGGGUACGACACUUCUAAUAUGUGAAGUUGGUAGGCUAGCUACAUUUAAAGGGGGAUAUGCUUCUUGCUCGUUUAUGUGAUUAUGCUGCUGCCAUGGAGUUCUUGAGACAAAAGUCAGAGACAUGCCCUGAAGACUGGGAAUGUUUCCUCAGGGAGUUGGGUCUAUUACUGGAGGAUGAUAGUCAGUGGUAUGGUGCAACAACUGACAAUCAAAUUCAUCCACCCAAAGUCUUAGCGUGCAAAUUAUCGCAGCUAUCUGAUGAAGAAUUUGGAACAAAAUUGUCAGAGGCCCUAAACCCAAAGUUAGCUAACCUGCCGAUGGAAGUACACGGAUAUCUUAAUGGAAAGGAAUAUGAUUGGUUAGAUAAAGCCACGGAUGAGUACUUGAGCAGGCUUGGUGCUGACACUAAAGUAACCCUUCAAGUCCCACAGAAGUUUGAAGAAUUACAGUUGAUUCAUAAUCUCCGUGAACAAGGUUCAUUGACUCCUGCCCUCCAGGUAGAAGUUAAAAAAUUUCUUGCGGGAGUUGAUGAGAGCUCAGGUUUCAUUAGUGAUGAAGAGUCUCGAUACCAUGGAACAUCAAUUGCCUUAAAAACGAAUAGAUUCAUCAUAGUAGCUGCUGAUGGGAAACUUACUACAAAAAAUAACUCUAGAGGCUUAAACUUGAAAGCUGAUAAGGUUCAUGGUCUCGACGACAUGUGUGUUGGAAUAUGUGGGUCUUGGAAGACUUUGAGUAACACAGUUGGCGUGUUGAAGAGGCGUUUUAGAUAUGUUAAGAACGAGAAAGCUAAAAGACCUACGGUUAGUGAACUAGCUGAUUUCUUGAUAUAAGAACUAAAGUCGUGCCACGAUGAGGCGUCUGGAAUUAUUCUUGGCGCCUUCGACCAGUUAGAGUUGUGAGUUUGCUCGGGAACUGGCGAGCAUUUUGCGGAACAGAUCUUGUCAAAUGGAAACGUGCACAUGGACAUGAGCUUAGAUGAGGCCAUUCGGUUGGUUGAGAGAGCGCUUGUUUAUGCCAGUUUACAUGAUAGUUGCACUGGUGGAUGGGCAAAUAUUUACGUCAUCGAGAUUGGCAAGCCCGUAAGAGCAAUGACCAGAAAACGAAUAUGCACUACAUUGUGGCGUAGACACCAUUUGUCUCUUCCUGAGGCUUUUCUGAUUUGAGCUGUAGCAAAAUCAGAGAAUAACUUAUUCUUUUAUUUAUUUUUUAUUUUUUCCGAUUGCUAGUCAGAAGAUAUUACACUAUAAUAGUUUGGUGGUGCUGUGAACCCACAAGAGUUUGGGCCAUCAACCUUCAACAUGUCUUCCUUGAGUAGGUUGCAGUUGCAUUGCAAUGCAAUGAUUGCCUAACUUGCUUCCUUACAACAAAAAGAUAGCCUUGGAAGAUCUCAAAAAUCAACCGAGAAUUCAAUGACAAGUCUUUAAUGGACUGUCUGGCACUCUGGCUACAGAUUCUCAAACUUCAAAAAGGGUAGUGAGUUUAUCAUGUUGAGCCUUAAAAACUUGGUUCCAACUAAAUUUCAUUUCUAUUAGUAGGAAAUGUAACAAGUAUGCAGAUAAUUUUGCUAGACUAGUCGAGAAUUACCCAGGAAAUUUGA